AGACAUUUGAUGAUGUACUUGGUGAAGAGCCAAGCUCCUACAUUCGAGAUGGCAAUGAAGGAAUAUGGGUGGAUUAGUGAUUAGGAAAAGAUAAGUGAUCUGAAUGUAUGCAUUUUAGAUAAUGUCGCCGUCCACAAGAUCAUCAGCAUCUGCAAGAUCUAUAGCACUAAGGAUUAGGAGUGCAGCGAUGAAACGGUCAAGAUCAACAUCUGCCAUACCGAUAAAUGCAAGUAUUUCAGAAGUAGCUGCCUCUCCUAAAAAGCAGGUGACUCCACAAAAAAAGGCUGCUGCCCAAAAGAAGUAUAAAACUACUAGAAAAUCUUCCUCUCCCAAGAAGCGUCAAACUACAUCAAGAAAAGUGAAGCUGAUCAUGACUGCUGAGUUGAAGAAAGGAGCAUCAUCAAGUAAGUCGUCCAAAAAGUCAAGUUCCACAAACAACAAGGUCGCUGCUUAUGAUGAUGAUGAUGAUGAUGAAAACAUAACCGGUGGAUUAAAGCUGUUGAAGCGAGGGAUGGUAACUAUGAGCCGCAUCACAAAUAGACUUAUCCGAGGAAAGAAGCUAACUGUCAAGUUCAAUGAUAAAGGAGAACCUGUUGGUAAGGUGGCAAAUGAAAUGCAAUCUUACAUAGGAGUGUUGGCUCAUACAAAGAUCCCAAUCUCAAUACCGGAUUGGAGAGACAUCGAUCUAGAUGAAAAGGAAAAAAUUUGGGAAUCAAUAACGGAUGCAUUUGUCAUACCUAAAGAAUGUCGGAAAAUGGUGAUCACAUCAGCUGCAAAUAAAUGGAGAGAGUUCAAGAGCAAAUUGAUUAAUUUAUACAUUAUCCCUUACAUGAAUGAACCUGAUCUCUUGGAAUUUCCACCGGAUGAUUACCGAAGCAUAACGAAGGACAAUUGGCAAACCUUUGUUGCUGACAGUCUUUCAGCUAGUUUUCUGGAAGUACGUGAGGCCCAAAUUAUGAAACGAAAGGAGAAUAAAUACCCUCACCGUAUGGCACGCAAAGGGUAUGCAAAUUUGCAAGAAGAAUUGUCUGAAAGUAUGCCGUUGGAACAACUUGAUCGAGCUACAAUGUGGAUUAAGGCAAGGCAAGAUAAGAAUGGUCAGUUCAAACAAGCUGAGGUAGAGGAGACAGCAAAAAAAAUUGAAAACUUAAAGAAAAGGGAGGCUGAAGGGGAGAUCACCACAUUUGGGUCUGAAGAUGUGCUGACUAUUGCGUUGGGGAAUCCUGAGCAUCAUGGAAGGGUUAGAGGUGUUGGUGGGACUGUGAAGCCGGCUGCCUAUUUUCAUUUGCCAAAACGGCAGAGAAAGAGUGUGGAAGAGACAGUGAGAUCAUCAGUGAAGAAGAUAUUGGAGGAGGAGAAGGAUUGUUUAAUUGCUAAGGAAAGAGCUAAAUGGGAGGAGGAGAGAGAUAGACAGUUGGCUGAGGAAAGAGCUUAUUGGAGUGAGAAGAUUGCAAGGAUAGAAGCAAAGAUUGACGGGAAGGAGUUGGCUGUUGAUACACCCAAAUCUGCCACACUAGUCAAUGAAGUUGGUUCAGGACAAGGGAGCUGCUCCCGGCCAGGUGAAAAGGGUGUAAAUUGUAAUGGAGAAAUUGAGAUAGUGACAGCUGCAAAGAAGAAGUUGGAUUUAAGAGACGAUGUGAACAAUAUCGUACUUGAAAAUGAACUUGUGCAUUCCACUGAUGAGAAGGCAAAACCAACCGCUGUAUUGGAAGAGAAGUCAAGAGGUGUCUUUGCUGUUCCAAAGGCAAGAGUAAAUGAUGCAGAGGUCUCAUUAGGUCAGAACGAGUGCAAACUGGCCAUUGAUUCGGUGGAAAACAUUGUAGCCAUUGGAACAAUCAUUAAUAUCGACCUUGAGACCAACCAACAAACUAUCCAUGGCGCUUUAUUGGGAGAGGAAAAUGUACGCGUCUCUAUCAUUCGGACUUUGGUUCAUGAAGCUUUGCUACCAUUUCCCAUAAAAGAUGAGAUAAUGACGGUUAAGGAUGCCAUUGGGACUUGUGUUGCUUGGCCAAAGAACCUAGUCAUUACCCUUGCAGCAGAUGCCAAGAAAAAACUAAAGCGUAAAAAUCAAAAGAAGAGAACAAUGGAUAUGUUUGAAGAUAAUGAAGAUUUGCGAAACUUGCCACCAAAUCUCCCAACAGCUGUAAGUGCCCUGUGCAUUUGGGCCAACCAUGAACUGCGAGAUGGGGCCACCAUCUACACCACUUUUGAUGCUGAAAUUUUUGGUCAUCAAAGGAAGGCUGUUGUCUUUAGAAGUGACAUCUAUGCCAUGGCAAACAUGUUGGAACUAUCAGGAGGUUGCAUUGUAUUUUUCAUGAGCUACCUUCAUGAUGUUUUGAAGAGGUCUAAGAUGACUGAGAUGGUAGCCUUUGUCGAUCCUGAUCAUACGGGCGCACUUGGGUGUGGAAAUCCUACUGAACGAGCUCGGUCUUUGUCUAAUCGGUUCCAAAAUGGAAAGCCUGGCCAGAUUUAUUUGGUGCCGUAUAACUUAGGGUAG